UCGAGUGUCACAUGUAGGGUCAGAUCGGCAUACUCGCGAGGUCUCUCGUCUGCCUCAUUUUCUUUAGUUUGUUCAAUUUUAUCUCAUUCAUCCUCGAUCUGCGUACGAUUACUGUGAGUUCGGACCAGAAGUUAGAAUAAUUCCUUGUCCAAAUAAACUCGUCCACGUUAGAGGACCCGACCACCUGGAUGUAUCAUAGGUUUAUCCAAACGAAGGAAAUAUUAGAUUUUUGUCGUCGUAAAUACAGUGACGCAAUCGUUGCUAGCAAUUUCUAAUUGUAAGAAACAAUGGUCCACCGUUUAGCUAUCUUGAUACUCAUCUUUACGGUGAUAACGAUAGACGAAACAUUAGCCGUGGGAGCCUGCAGUUCAUCCGCGAUGAGUUGGCAAUCUCGCAUGGGUGUUCUUAUCUCUCCUAUAACAUCCAAGCCGCCUAUCCACGAGAUCGAGAUCUAUUGGAACAACGUCGAUUUCGAACCUGAUGAGAAGAUUGUACUUUUAGACACCAGUCAACCAGACUCGCCCAUUGUUCUUUACAAUGUAACGCCCAAUGGGCCGAGUGGUUUAGUGAAGACGGGGAUACAAGCGGAAUUUGUACCUAGCUCGCAACUUUCGUUCGUGCGACAAUGUCACAAAUAUAGCGUAGCGAAACUAACAACAGCGGGCUAUUUGAAAGAAAUAGACUGUCUCAAAACGCAGCCGACAUGGAUGAAGGAGAGGCAGGACAUUCUGGGUAACCGUAGAAUCAGUCAAAUUUUUCUCCCGGGAACGCAUAACUCCGCCUGCUAUAUAGAGAACGGUAAAGGGAACUUCAUCACGAACUCGGCUAUAACACAGGAUAUAGAUAUCAUCGGUCAACUAAUCCAUGGUGUCCGAUACCUCGACAUCAGGGUAGGUCGUAAUGUUUUAUCGGACGAGGUUUGGUGGACUUAUCACGGGCCACUUUACCGAUCAGUGCCCUUGAAAACAGUUAUAGAACAGGUGAAGCUGUUUCUCAACAACACAGAAGAGAUAGUAAUAAUGGAUAUUCGCGAAUUCCCAAUAGGGUUCGAUGAUAUGGCGACUCAUCGUAGGCUUGUGUCGUAUCUCGAGGAUGAAUUUCAGGAUUAUUUCCUGGCAAACUGUUGCGGAUGGACUGCCACGCUGAAUGAUAUUUGGUCUUCCGGAAAAAGAUUGAUAAUCGGAUACGAAAACACGCAAAUUGUUCGGAAACACGCUAGUAUGUGGCCUUGUGUUCGGCAUCAAUGGGGCAACGUCAGAGAUAUCGAGAACUUAUACAGGCAUCUAGGUCGUAUUGAAAAUAACGACAGUACUGACAGGGUGAGACCAAGAUCGGCAAUGGCGGAACUAACGGCGGAUUUCGCAGAUGUACUGUCCAACCGACUUGGAAACCUUCGUGACAUGGCGCAUAGAGUAAACGUUAAUAUUACUAAUUGGUACAGUACCAUUUGGCAGUAUUCUGCCAAUAUUGUGGCAGUGGACUUUGUUAGGAGUACAGGCAUCGUAGAGACCGCCAUCAAAUCUAAUGAAAAUCGUCAGUGGCACUGCCGAUAUUAGCUAUCCCUCGCAAUCAGCUACCUUUACCCAUUGAUGUACAUUUGAUUAAUAUCUUAAUAUAUUUUAACAUUAAGAUCUUUUUUAUUCUCUCUAGAGAGAAUAAAUUUGUAGCUAUACUGAUAAAUUAAUAUGCAACUCUGUAAUCUUGAUUAAUAAAAUAUAGACGAUUACUAUUUUA